GCUGCGAGCGGGCAGAGCGCGCGGAGUCGCCCGGGGAUGGUGGGGCAGGGGCUAGAAGUUUCCCGCCAGCUGUGCGCCGGGCAGAUGUGGGGCAGCCCCCAGCGCUGCCCCCUCUGGUGGUCCUAGCGGGGCGGGUGGCCCCGAUCUCGCCGUCCCGGGCGAACUUUGCAGAAGGACGAGCAACUUCUGCGGCGGGAGCUCCGCUUGCUGCUACACCGACCCGCCUCUGGGUUGGGCUAUUCUUGCACGUCUGUAGGCAGUGGUGGGUCCUGGUGGUGCUGAGCGAGCGACUCUGCCGGGCAAGAGCCAGCCGGAGAGAUCCCAUGGAGGAAGCGGGCGACGGGGGACGAGGGGCCGUGCACAAGAGGAAGGCCUGGGCGAAAAGCCGAGAUUCCUGGCAAGCCUCGGAGGCCGAGCGGCUCUCGCCAGAAGCGCCGGACCUGAACCCGGGUCGGGAAGGAGGCAGUAUUCCAAACGAAAAAAUUGCAAUAUGGCUUAAAGAUUGCAGAACGCCGCUGGGAGCCUCUCUGGAUGAGCAGAGCAACUUCACUUUGAAGGGCAUGCUGGUGAGAAAUGGAGGAAGUUUUGAAGAUGACUUAUCCCUGGGAGCCGAAGCUAAUCAGCUACACCAAGGUGGUGAACAAAUGGAGAUCUGUAACGGUAUGUUGGCAAAGGACAAGAGACUUCAGUUUCAUCAGAAGGGCCGAAGCAUGAACUCUACUGGCUCUGGGAAAAGCAGCGCAACGGUUUCAAGUGUGUCUGAACUACUGGAACUGUACGAGGAGGAUCCUGAAGAGGUUCUGUACAAUCUUGGGUUUGGCCGUGAUGAACCAGAUAUUGCUUCGAAAAUCCCACCAAGGUUUUUUAAUACAGCAUCAUUUGCCAGAGGAAUAGAUAUAAAAGUGUUUCUGAGCGCCCAGUUGCAACGCAUGGAAGUAGAAAAUCCAAAUUUUGCCUUGACAAGUCGCUUUCGUCAAAUUGAAGUUCUCACUACUGUGGCCAAUGCAUUCUCUUCCUUAUAUUCGCAAGUUUCUGGCACCCCGUUGCAGAAAAUUGGGAGCAUGAAUUCAACGGCUUCCAGCAAAGAGCCAGCCAACCCGCCGCCUCUAACCCGAAGCAACACUGCGAGCCGUUUGAUGAAGACCUUAUCUAAACUCAACCUCUGUGGGAACCAGCAGGCAGGUGAAGCGGGCAGCUGUUCUACGCCUUCGCCGGUUGAAAAGGGGAAAGCUGAAAACGGACAGUUUGAGGACUGUGACACUAAAAACGAACCCAAAACACCAAAGCACUUCAAAACAACUUUGCUGGCUACAGUAAAAGAGGAGGUACCUGGUAAUCAGCCAAGCACUGUGGAUGUUCUUCAUGCUUCUGAACUUUCUUCUGACUCUAACGUUGCACAAGGAUUGCAAAGCGACCACAUGCCUUCUGAAGCUGAGCAAAAUAAGGACUCCUUUGGUCAUUCAGAUAGACCUAGGGAGCAAGCUGGUAUUACAAGCUCGUCCAGGAUGGAGAGCGAAAUGCCUGCCUUGGGCACUUGUGGUCUUGAGGGCAACUCUGAGCUGCCUGUGCUUCCUACAUCACCACCGGAUAAGGAACCCUGCAUUCUGAUAGCAAACCCAUCCAUUGUCAGUCUCAUGCUACAGCAGAAGGACUCUUUUGAGAUGGAAGAGAUUCAAAGCACCGAGGGAGAGAUUCCACAUACCCCUAGUACAGGCCAGCUGGCCCUAGCGAAAACAAAAAAAGAUCAGCUUUUACGAUCUGCAAGUCAGCAUUCUGACAGCAGCGGCUUUGCAGAGGAUUCUUCCACAGAUUGCUUCUUGCUAAAUCAGCUGCAGGCACACGAGUCAUUGCAGGCCAUGGGCAGCAGUGCUGAUAGCUGUGACAGUGAAACAACCGUUACAUGUUACAGUGAAGAACUCAAAACACCAGUAGCCGAACAGCCGUCUUGCUUCAAUGAGCUUGAUGAGGAGAAAUAUCUCCUUUCAGAAGUAGAGCGGCAGCUGGGUGACAUGGCUUCUGAGGCAAAAGCAGGAGAAGGUGAGAACGUUCCAGAAGGCAAACCUGAUGAAGCUGAAUCUGGAGAAGACACAGAGUUUGGCCAAGGAAGUUUCCUGGGAAAAAAUGAUGACGUUCCUGUACAGCAGGUUACGUUUGAAGUGUUGGAAGAAGACAGCGAAGAAAGCGAUUUAGAUAGAAGCAGUGAGUGUGAGUUUCCUGAGUAUAAAACUCACCACAUUCUCAAAUCUAUGUCCUCCAUAGAAAGUACCAGCUCCUCCCCUUCUUCUGUAGACCGGGUUAGCAUUGCCUUGGAAAGAGCCCAGAAAAAACUCGGCAGUUCAUCCGAUUCCAGAGCUGGACGCACUCUUCUAAAAUCGAAAGACCUUCUUUUCAGGCACAGGAACCAAAUCGCCAACCUCAGCUACCCCCUCCGGCGCUCCCAGUCCCUCCCGACCACACUACUAAACCCUGUGAAAGUUGUCUCCUCAGUAAAUGUCCAACUGAAUCCAGGCAAACAGACUCUGUGCAGCCCACCUUCUUUUACUUAUAAGUACAACACAGAUGAAGAAGAGGGAGGGAAGGAAGACGAAGAAGUGAAAUCUGACGAGGGGGCAAAUGACAGCCCUCCACGGUGCAAAUCCACACUUUUUAUCGCCACUUCAUCCACUAGAAAAGGAACGUCCCUGCCAGGAUCAAGCAAGGUAGCAGAAGAGCCCUGCCGGAACAGGAUCCAGAGCUGCCCGUUGCAUCUCCCGGCACACUUGUCUCAGUCGUCGUGUUCGCUCCACUCUCUUCAUUCCGAUUUCCUAGAGAGGCCUCUGUGCGCUCAUGCGAGAACAUUCAGUACACGCAGCAUCCCAAGUACCCCGGGGUCCUCCUGCAGUGGCUUGCCUUCUCCUUUCGGCUGUCCUCACUCUUUGAGGAGCCUCGGCCACUCCCACCAGCCUCAGCCUGUGCAUCCUCCAUCCACUGUCGAAAUGCAACUGCGGAGGGUCUUGCACGAUAUCCGAAGCUCUUUGCAGAACUUGUCCCAGAAUGCUGUGAUGAGAGGGCACGACAUUACAUCACCUUCUUACAGUACUCAGAGAUCAUCCAUUCUACCUCUAUAUGAAAAUACAUUCCAAGAUCUUCAAAUAGUUCGGAGAAGCCUUAACCUGUUUCGGACGCAAAUGAUGGAUUUAGAAUUGACCAUGUUACGCCAGCAGACGACAGUUUAUCAGCACAUGACCGAAGAAGAGAGGUAUGAAGCUGAUCAGCUCCAGACACUGAGAAAAUCCGUUCGGAUGGAGCUUCAGGAAUUAGAAAUGCAGUUGGAGGAACGUCUACUUACUCUUGAAGACCAGCUUAGGAAUUUACAUGUAUCGUCACCUUACAGACCACAAAUGCACAUGGGCAUGUAUGGAAGCAGAAGCGCUGACAACUUAUCAUGCAUUUCUCCACUGAAUGUGAUGGAGCCGGUUUCUGAACUCAUGAGAGAGCAAUCGUUUCUGAAGUCAGAGUUGGGGCUGGGAGAGCUUGGGAUGGAGAAUCCUGUGGAAGCAAAUUCAGAAUCUUUUGAUCAUGGAAAUUCAGAUUCUUCGUCGGUGUGUUCUAGUCAAGCCAGCAGGAAAGGUGGCGCACGUUCAUCUGAGGUGACCGUCAAGGCCAAGCCCCAGAGCAAAAAAGUGUAUCGUGCCUGUGUUGCCCUGAUGCCCGCUCCACCAGCAAGAGCAGGGAUAGUGCAAGCACCCGAAUGCUCUGAGGACCCCGCGACCACCAGAUCGGAGGUUGAACCAAAACUUGACAAGGGGGUUCUUGCACCUUCUGUCGAGGAGGUUCAGAGAAGCUCGGAGAGCGAUGAACUGCAGCAAGUCAUCCGAGAGAUUAAAGAAUCUAUUGUUGGUGAAAUCAGACGGGAAAUCGUGAGUGGUCUGUUAGCAGCUGUCUCUUCCCCAAACAGAGGAAGCACUAAGCAGGAAACACAGCCAUGAGCAGGUACCACAGGCUGACCCAUGUUCCGAGGACAGUGAAGAACACGUAGAUGCAAUUAUCUGUUUGUACUCAAGAGGACAAAAGAGAAGACUGUGCAAACCAUCUGCAGUUGUGUAGCAGGUCGUGUCCAUCUUGAUGUUCCCAUUCCACAAUUGUGACAGUCUGCAUCUUUACUACUGCCCAGAAAUUAUCACAAGAAAUCUGGCUAUCUUGCAAGCCUAAAUAUUUAUUUGUAUGUUUUCCUACUGUUCGCUUGUCCAGAGUUUUUAUUUCUGUGUUGAGCUGUGUUCUUUAUAAGACUUGAAGGUUCCUGUACCUACCCCAGUUAUAAAUAGACUAGAAUCAUCCAUCUAUUUUAUUUUAUUUUUAAAAAGCCACUGACCUCUGUGAGGUAUUUAACUGUGCAAUAACGGAUUCAUUCUGAGAGCUUGAAACAACCAAUAAAAAUGUCACUGCUGUUACUUAGUGCCACUUCAAAAACAAAGAGAAUAACCUGUUGUAAAAAAAAAUUGCUGUUGUCUCUGGGGUGAAGCUGCUGUUUGCAGUGUGUUUAGAGAGUGACAUGAACUUACCUGAAAAAGAAAAGCUACUAUGGAUGCUUACACUGAAAGCCUUCUCUUUGUGCCAUAGAUUCCAUUUGCGAUGUGUGUUGCUUCCUUUAAUUCUCUUUUUCCUUGGGGAUGUGCCUUUAUCUUUUUAGAAAUGGUUUUAAUAUAUAAAUGGACUACUUCUCAGCUAUAUCAGAAGGAGGUCUUUUCCUCCUUUUAAAAAGUCUAUAAAACACUAGUUUAAAACGAAGAAACGGUUGUGUGUAACUUGAAGCGGAUUGAUCACUUUGAAUGGGUAUUAUAUGGAACUUGGCCUUUAUUUCCUCGACAUUUCUUCUGAGGUUUUGCUAGAGCCCAGGGGAAAGUGGCAUUGAUUGCAAUAGAUAUGUUUGAUGGUAGGCAGGGUUUUAGUACAUAUGUGGUUUUUGUCUACAGGAUGCUAGAUAGCUGAAAUAUAACAAUGUUGGAAUGCCACUGGGAUUCCGUAAGGGUUUUGUUUGUUUUCAGCUAAUAAAAAUAUUUUAAGACUGUAUGUAUUGAUGACUAGUAAACAUAUAACCACAAUAUCCGAAGGUAGAAAGUAUGUCCAAAGAUUUAUAAGUGUAUUUGGAAUACACCUUAAGGGCUGAUUUUCUUUUAAAGGGGGGCUGUUAUGCCAAUAAAAUAUUUAUUUUGCCUAUAA